AUGUCAUUGUCAUUUCUUUGUCCUUUCUAUUUUCCUUUCCUAUUUUUUUUUUCUUUCUUUCUUUCAUUUCUUUCUUUCUUUCUUUCUUUUUCUUUUGGUUUCUUUCUUUCUUUUUCCUUUCCUAUAUUUUUCUCUUUCUUUCUUUCUUUUCUUUCUUUCUUUCUUUGGUCUCAUGUCAUUGUAAUUCUUUUUUCCUUUCCUAUAUUUUCUGUCAUAUCUUUUCUUUCUUUCUUUCUUUUUUUCUUUCUUUCUUUCUUUCUUUUUCUUUCUUUUUUGGUCUGUCUAUGUCAUAAUUUCUUUUUUCUUUCUCUUUCUUUCUUUCUUUCUUUCUUUCUUUCUUUCUUUCUUUCUUUCUUUCUUUCUUUGAGUCAGGUUUUCGCUUCAACAAGAGUCUAUAUUUUUCUUUUCUUCGCUAUCUGUAACACCCAUGCAGAUUAUAGGAAGGACAAUCCAGACGGAAUUGCUUAUAAUAUCGUCUGUCUGUUUAUCUAUCUAUCUAUCUAUCUAUCUAUCUAUCUAUCUAUCUAUCUCUAUAUAUAUAUAUAUAUAUAUAUAUAUAUAUAUCUUUGUUCAUAUCUAUUUCUGUCUCUAUCUAUUAGUUUGUUCAUAUCUAUCUAUCUAUCUAUCUAUCUAUCUUUGUUCAUAUCUAUUUCUGUCUCUAUCUAUUCGUUUGUUCAUAUCUAUCUAUCUAUCUAUCUAUCUAUCUAUCUAUCUAUCUAUCUAUGUUUGUUCAUAUCUAUUUCUCUCUCUAUUAUCUGUUCACAUCUAUCUAUCUAUCUAUCUAUCUAUCUAUCUAUCUAUCUAUCUAUCUAUCUAUGUUUGUUCAUAUGUAUUUCUCUCUCUAUUAAUUUGUUCACAUCUAUCUAUCUAUCUAUCUAUCUAUCUAUCUAUCUAUCUAUCUAUCUAUCUGUCUGUCACUCACGUCGUUUUUACCCUCCAUUAGAGCUAUUCGUUACUUUUUGUCAAGAUUUACACCGAUUGCACAAGAAAUCUAUCUAUCUAUCUAUCUAUCUAUCUAUCUAUCUAUCUAUCUAUCUAUCUAUCUAUCUAGUUCGGUCCUAG